CGCCCCGCCCUCACCUCGCGGCGUGAAAACAACAUGGUAGCGGAAACACGGAGCUUCUAGCGGAACAGACACAGUCUAGCGAUAGCAUGUUCUACACAGCGGGUCAAAUUCACCGCACACACUGGACGACAACCACAAUAAUCACCUGAGAGUAAUGACAGUUGAAAGAGGAGUGUCAGGAUUCUGGAGCCAACAGAAUGGAGCGUGAAAUGUCUCCAGUGAUGCAGUGAUUUCCUCUGAAUCUGAGCAGUCGGGCUGAAAGGAAGCACACUGGCUCUGCCUAGUUGCAGCAAGAUCUUUUGAGUACAUAUCAGCGGCAUCAGGACCAUUUUCUCUCUCUCUCUCUCGCUCUCUCUCGCUCUCUCUCGCUCUCUCUCGCUCUCUCUCGCUCUCUCGCUCUCUCUCGCUCUCUCUCGCUCUCUCUCUGUGUGAUUGGAUAGACAGCCUGACGGUUGGAACUCAACAUUCCAGUGAUGUCAACGCCAGACUUCAGACUGUAACCAUGGGCAACGUGGAGAGCCAGAACGGCGAUCACGCCUUCUACGGCACCCAACAUGGCCACCUGUCCCGUAAGCACAUGUCUCGAUCUCUCCGCGUCUCCAACAAGCACCAUCAGUCCCAGUCCAGUUCUGGUUCCACCCGCCGCUCCCGUGACUGUCACGCCUCGCAAGGCAAAGUGGAUCACCGAAACUCUGAGACCUCCACGCGUUCCAGCAGCACCCCUAGUAUCCCACAGUCCUUAGUGGAUCACGCCCUGGAGCCCUUCAACCAGACCAAUGUCCUGUCAGACUACUCCUCUCCGAUCUGGGUGGACCGCGUGGCCAUGAACCUCCGGCCCGUCUCCUGCCAUACCCACCUAGACAACCCAUCUGAAACACUCCAUCAAGACGCAGAGUCACCUGGGACUAGACCCCACGAACCCCAGGGUCUACAGGACAGAGGACUGGGCCUAUACAGUAACACAGGGGAGGCGACCUACCUUCAGAAGACUAGAGACGGACCUAGGGAACCUCGAGAGGUGGUCAGCUUCAAGAAGAAGAGAUCCAAAUCAGCCGACAUGUGGAGGGAAGACGACAGCCUGGACUUCAGUCUGUCAGACCUCAGCCAGGAACACCUCACCAGGUUAGAGAAGUCAGACCUCAGCCGGGAACACCUCACCAGGUUAGAGAAGUCAGACCUCAGCCGGGAACACCUCACCAGGUUAGAGAAGUCAGACCUCAGCCGGGAACACCUCACCAGGUUAGAGAAGUCAGACCUCAGCCGGGAACAUCUCACCAGGUUAGAGAAGUCAGACCUCAGCCGGGAACACCUCACCAGGUUAGAGAAGUCAGACCUCAGCCGGGAACACCUCACCAGGUUAGAGAAGUCAGACCUCAGCCAGGAACACCUCACCAGGUUAGAGAAGUCAGACCUCAGCCAGGAACACCUCACCAGGUUAGAGAAGUCAGACCUCAGCCAGGAACACCUCACCAGGUUAGAGAAGUCAGACCUCAGCCAGGAACACCUCACCAGGUUAGAGAAGUCAGACCUCAGCCAGGAACACCUCACCAGGUUAGAGAAGUCAGACCUCAGCCGGGAACACCUCACCAGGUUAGAGAAGUCAGACCUCAGCCAAGAACACCUCACCAGGUUAGAGAAGUCAGACCUCAGCCGGGAACACCUCACCAGGUUAGAGAAGUCAGACCUCAGCCAGGAACACCUCACCAGCACAGAGGAGAUCAUCGACACAGAGGAGGUAGAAGACUUCCCUGAUUGUGACGGCCUGCUGGGGCUCAUGUCCCCUGAGGGUCUGGAGAGUCUGGACGCAGCAGGCCGAGCCAACUCCCUGGACCAGCUCUACGGGGGUCAGAAGACCCCGACUCGCCGACCCGCUGGACGCUACGCUAAGUGGCACCAUGACGCUAACCGCUCCGCCCGGGAGGGUGAUAAGAUGGUGUCUCCGGAAGAGGAGGAUGAUGGGAACUCGUACGGAGCGUAUACUCUGCCCUGCCGACGCUCACACUGCCUGUCUGAGGGGCUAACCAAUCCCCGGGCUGCCACCUGCGCCACCAUGCAGGGACGCAGGGCACAGACCAUACAGGAUGUGACAGCUGGAGAGGGCAGUGAGUACGAGGACAGUGGCAUCGACGGGCUGACGGCUUCGGGGGUGGAGCAUCAGUCCCGGCGCUAUAAGACCAUGUCUAUGUCCUUCUCCGUGUGCUCGGCGGCAGGGCGGAGCCUGUUCGCUGGCAGUGACAGCGGAAGCAGCAGCGGGGGAGGAGCCAGUGAGGGGGUUCAGGGGGUCUACGAGAACUUCAGACAGGAGUUGGAGAUGAGCUCAUGUCAGACAGAGAGUCUGGAGGAGGCGGGGUCAGCCCUGAGUGACGAGCAGAGCACCAUGAGUUCAGCCUACCAAUCAGAUCCCCUGCACGGCGUCGUCCAGGGAACCGUGCGGAAGGCAGGCCGGCUGGCCGUCAAGAACUUCCUGGUUCACAAGAAAAGCAAGAAGGUGGAGUCGGCCACCAGGAGGAAGUGGAAGAGCUACUGGGUCUGCCUCAAAGGAUGCACUCUGUUCUUCUACGAGACGGACGGACGGUCGGGGAUCGACCACAACAGUGUCCCUAAACAUGCGGCGUGGGCUGAGAACAGUAUCGUCCAGGCCGUCCCUGAACACCCCAAGAAGGACUUUGUCUUCUGCCUCAGCAACUCUCUAGGAGAUGCUUUUCUCUUCCAGACAUGCAGUCAGACGGAGCUGGAGAACUGGAUCACGGCCAUCCACUCGGCGUGCGCGGCGGCCGUUGCCAGGCAGCAUCACCGGGAGGACACGGUGCGUCUGUUGAGGGCGGAGAUUAAGAAGCUGGAGCAGAAGAUCGACAUGGACGAGAAGAUGAAGAAGAUGGGAGACAUGCAGCUCAGUGCCGUGACCGAUACCAAGAAGAGGAAAACCAUACUGGACCAGAUCUUUCUGUGGGAGCAGAACUUGGAACAGUUUCAUAUGGGUUUGUUCCGGUUCCGCUGUUACCUGGCCAGUCUGCAAGGAGGGGAGCUGCCCAACCCCAAACGCCUGCUAGCCUUCGCCUCCAGACCCACUAAACUGGCCAUGGGACGCCUCGGAAUCUUCUCUGUGUCGUCCUUUCAUGCUCUGGUGAGUUGCGAGCUGACUUGCCUGGUUAAAUACCAUAAAACAAAUAAGCUAGGUCUAAACAAUGUCUUUCUAUCUCUCCAGAAGAGUCAUGAGGGGAAGAGUCUUCCUCAGGUCAACUCAGACAGUCACAUGACAGACAGUGAUAUCUGGGUGCCUGACCACCUGACCCCGUCCUGGGUGUGUCUUCCUAACGACCAGCCUGUCCUCGCCAUCGUCCAGCCUGGAGAGUCUGCUCUGUACACGCUGGAGACCAUCUGCAAGGCCCACCAGCUGGAUUCCACCAAACAUUACCUGCGUCUCAAGUUCCUCAUGGAUAACCAAGUCCAAUUCUACAUCCCUAAACCUGACGAGCAGCUGUGUGACUUGCUUUACAAAGAGAUAGAGCUGGGCUCCAAAAUAACCAAAGUCAUCCAGUUCGACAGGGAUGAGUCCUGUAUGAUUGGCUACGGGUUUUCCAUCUCAGUGGUAGAGGAGGAUUUGGUGCAGCAGCUCUACAUAACCGAUGUAAAGGCGGGAGGAUUGGCCUUCGCUAGAGGUCUGAAUGCGGGCGAUGAGAUCUUGCAGCUGAAUGGGAAAGACUCAUGCAGAUUGAAGUUCGGGGACAUGAAGGGGGCGUUUUCCCAGGCCUCUCUGUCCCUGACCGUCAACACUCUGCCCUCCACGGACCGACGACAGAUCUGUUAUCUGCCCCCCCGACGCUCUGACGCACAGGAAGUCCUCCACACAGACAUCUUCUCUGUGAACCAGGAGGAGAUUCUGGAUGACGGGGUUGGCCUGAUGCUGGAUAGUUCUGGAGACAGCCUGGACGACGACUCUGAGAUCUUCAGCGAGGCAGACCAAUGCAGAAAGAGUACAGAGCAGGUCGCAGCAUUCUGCCGCAGUCUCCAUGAUAUGAAUCCGUCUGAGUGUGCCACGACCUCCUCAUCCCCCAGCCUGGACUCGCCCUUCCGUCCCCCUGCCACCGGCACCGCCAGCCGCCAGCUCUCCGACGCCGACAAGCUACGCAAAGUAAUCUGUGAGCUGGUGGAGACGGAACGCACCUAUGUCAAAGAUCUCAAUUGUCUCAUCGGGAGGUACUUAACCCCACUGCAGAAGGAGACGUGCCUCACUCAGGAUGAGCUGGACAUUCUGGUUGGGAACCUGCCUGAGAUGGUUGAGUUCCAGGUGGAAUUCCUGAAGACUCUAGAAGACGGGACCAGAUUGGUCCCAGACCUGGAGAAGCUGGAGAGAGUGGACCAGUUCAAGAAAAUCCUCUUUUCUCUAGGAGGUUCCUUCCUGUACUAUGCAGAUCGGUUUAAGAUCUACAGUGCGUUCUGCGCCAGCCACACCAAAGUCCCUAAGGUGCUCGUAAAGGCUAAGACCGAUGCAGACUUCAAGGCGUUUCUGGAAGAGAGGAACCCGAAACAGCAACACUCAUCAACCCUGGAGUCCUACCUGAUCAAACCCAUUCAGAGAGUUCUGAAGUACCCACUACUACUGAGAGAGCUGUACUCACUGACGGACCCUGAUAGUGAAGAACACUAUCACCUGAAUGUUGCUAUGAAGGCCAUGAACAAGGUGGCCAGUCACAUCAAUGAGAUGCAGAAGAUCCACGAGGAGUUUGGGUUGGUGUUUGACCAGCUCAUAGCGGAGCAGAGUGGAGACAAGAAAGAGGUUGCUGAUCUGUCGAUGGGUGACUUGCUGCUCCACACCAGCGUAGCCUGGAUCAACCCUCCCUCCUCCCUGGGCAAAUGGAAGAAAGAACCCCAACUGGCUGCAUUCAUCUUCAGGACAGCCGCAGUGUUUGUGUGUAAGGAUGGAUCCAAGCAGAAGAAGAAAAUGGGUGGCUCCCAUCGAGUGUCGUCAAUCUCGUCUGAAGACAAGGACACAUUCCGCUUCCGUCACAUGAUCUCCACAGACACGCUCCAAGUCCGAGCCCUCAAUAACCAAGACGGAGAGGGCUCUGCCGUGUGUGAGAUCGUCCACGUCAAGUCCGAGUCAGAAGGACGGCCGGAGAGGACAUUCCACCUGUGCUGCAGUUCUGUGGACAGUAAGAAGGACUUCCUGAAGACAGUCCACUCCAUCUUAAGAGAUAAACAACGACGUCAACUGAUGAAGACAGAGUCUCUACCUCCCAACCAGCAGUAUGUCCCCUUCGGAGGCAAACGCCUCUGUGCCCUGAAGGGAGCCAGACCUGCCAUGAACAGAGCAGCGUCAGACCCGGCGAGGACCCUGGGCCGGAGGAAACUGGUGAGGAACCGUUUCACUAUCGACACAGACAUCGUCUUCGACAGCGAGCCGGACCAGGAGUCCCCUCUGUCUCCACUGUCUUCUGAAGAGCCUGAGGGACAGGGACAAAGAGAAGGAAAGGAACGGGGGGAGGUGCAGGCAGGGGAUACAGACCGCGGGGUGGAGGAGCAGGCAGGGGAUACAGACCGCGGGGUGGAGGAGCAGGCAGGGGAUACAGACCGCGGGGUGGAGGAGCAGAUUGACCUGGAGCGCUACGAGGCGCAGCAGGAGAAGGAGGUGAAAGGAGGAGGAGACGUGAAAGAAACAGAGAUCUUUAGUGAUGAUUUCUGCCUGUCUGUCAGAGGACCCUCCACUGAAUCACUGUCCAACACAGACCUAGAUGGGCCUAUCGGGGCCCUGUCCCUGGGAGAGGAAGGCCAAGAGAGGGGCCCUAAACACCCCCAGCCACAGGGAGCCAUGGGGACCACCACCCCAGGGAUGAGACUUUCCCACCUGGGGAAGCAGCGUGGCCUAGCUGGGAUGAGUGUGGAUGACCAAGGGGGUAGGGAGGAAGGUGAGGACAUCUGGCUACGCAGGGAGAACUGUCCCCCGGACUCAGGGGGUCAGACACUACAGAGCUAGAGUACAAGAUCAGCAGAUGGUUACAGACAGUGUGUCUCACCACUCAGACAGAGCGCUUUAUAUGAGUUACAAAUGGCACCCUUUUCCCUAUUUGGGGGCCCAUAAGGUUCUGGUCGAAAGUAGUGCACUAUAUAGGGAAUAGGGUUCUAUAGGCCCUGGUCUAAAGUAGUGCACUAUAUAUAGGGAAUAGGGUUCUAUAGGGUCCUGGUCUAAAGUAGUGCACUAUAUAUAGGGAAUAGGGUUCUAUAGGGCCCUGGUCUAAAGUAGUGCACUAUAUAGGGAAUAGGGUUCUAUAGGGCCCUGGUCUAAAGUAGUGCACUAUAUAUAGGGAAUAGGGUUCUAUAGGGCCCUGGUCUAAGGUAGUGCACUAUAUAUAGGAAAUAGGGUUCUAUAGGGCCCUGGUCCAAAGUAGUGCACUAUAUGUAGGGAAUAGGGUUCUAUAGGGCCCUGGUCUAAGGUAGUGCACUAUAUAGGGAAUAGGGUUCUAUAGGGCCCUGGUCUAAAGUAGUGCACUAUGUAGGGAAUAGGGUUCUAUAGGGCCCUGGUCUAAAGUAGUGCACUAUAUAUAGGGAAUAGGGUUCUAUAGGGCCCUGGUCUAAAGUAGUGCACUAUAUAUAGGGAAUAGGGUUCUAUAGGGCCCUGGUCUAAGGUAGUGCACUAUAUAUAGGGAAUAGGGUUCUAUAGGGCCCUGGUCUAAAGUAGUGCACUAUAUAGGGAAUAGGGUUCUAUAGGGCCCUGGUCUAAAGUAGUGCACUAUAUAGGGAAUAGGGUUCUAUAGGGCCCUGGUCUAAAGGGUGCCAUUUGGGAAGCAUCCAUGAGCUUCAAGAAAGAAUCAGUAAGCAAUCAAUCAAUCAAUCCCCACCCAUCAAUAUUCCAUGUGCAUAGAUAUGCAUGGCACAGCUACUUCAAGCUGCUAUAUCCACUCCUUGUCAGUGUACCUCCAUUGGGAGCAAUACUGGAAUACAGGGAGGGGAGGGGUCUUAUUGAAUCAACCAAUCAUACGGAGACAUGGAGGGGUCUUAUCCAAUCAUAUGGUGAUGUGGAGGUCAAACUGUGAGAGACUGACUGGCUGGCUGGCUGGCUGGCUCACUGUCUGACAGUACAAUCAUGGACCCUUAUCAAUACUGUUGCUUGGCAUGGUUUGCACAUUGGGGCAGAUACCAGGGGGUACUAUAGGUUCCUGCACAUUGGGGCAGAUACCAGGGGGUACUAUAGGUUCCUGCACAUUGGGGCAGAUACCAGGGGUACUAUGGGUUCCUGCCCAUUGGGGCAGAUACCAGGGGUACUAUGGGUUCCUGCCCAUUGGGGCAGAUACCAGGGGGUACUAUAGGUUCCUGCACAUUGGGGCAGAUACCAGGGGGUACUAUAGGUUCCUGCACAUUGGGGCAGAUACCAGGGGGUACUAUAGGUUCCUGCACAUUGGGGCAGAUACCAGGGGGUACUAUAGGUUCCUGCACAUUGGGGCAGAUACCAGGGGGUACUAUAGGUUCCUGCACAUUGGGGCAGAUACCAGGGGGUACUAUAGGUUCCUGCACAUUGGGGCAGAUACCAGGGGGUACUAUGGGUUCCUGCCCAUUGGGGAAGAUACCAGGGGGUACUAUAGGUUCCUGCCAAUUGGGGCAGAUACCAGGGGGUACAAUAGGUUCCUGCACAUUGGGGCAGAUACCAGGGGGUACUAUAGGUUCCUGCCCAUUGGGGCAGAUACCAGGGGGUACUAUGGUAUGUUGUCAAGUGUGCGUAUUUGUUUGUAGCACAUGAAACGCAGUGUUGUGACUAUAACUACUGUUCCAAGAAGGAGGGAAACGAGGUACAACACACAGAGAGGGGAGUCGCUCUUCAGGGUGAAGGAUCUAGAAUCACGGCUGACAAGGCCAAUUUACAUCCUCUCCUUGCUGGAAGCCACACCUUCCACAGGUGAUAAGCGUGAGGCUCAGAUUAAUUCCUUCAAUUUAAUAUCGCUCUUUACCGAGCCGAACGGGCGGUGCAGGGCCAAACAGGUGUUGUACCUCGUUUACCUCCUUCAGAAAACAGUAGUUAUAGUCAUAACGUUAUGUUCCCUUCCAGCCAGUCAACUUCGGUACAACAUACUAUGGGGAAAUAUAAUCCCUCCCCAACCCAACCCUAACGGAUACUAAAUGAACCUGACCCCCACCAGAUGCGGCAGUCACACUGUGCGCUGCCUAGUGACUUCCCCUUGUCCCCUGGUCCCAGCCGUAAGCACACUGUGUGACAUCCAAGCGAUAAAACCUCACAAGUGUGUGGCGAUGCCCAACUAUCUCCUAUAGUCAACGCUUUAAACAAUGGCCGACACGUUGCCAGACUCCUGGUGGAGUGGGCACGUACACCGCGCUAGGUAACCCCUUGCUGCUAUAUGCCAGAGAGAGAGAUCCCCCACAAUCCAGUGGGAGAGACGCUGCUUAGAGAGCGUCCUGCUGGAUUAGCAAAACAGAAAGAAAAAACAAUAUGCUGGUCACAUGACCCAGGGCCGUUCAAUAUACGUGAAGUGAAGUUCGCACCGGACACACGGCAUGUAACCUCCAUGGCUCUUCAGAAAGCAAACAGAGGAGGCUGAAAAGGGAAAAUGUCGGAGAAAAGGGCGCAUUUGGACGCAAGUUCACCUUAAGAGUUGGGGGGGGGGGUGACUGAGUACAGUGAAGGGUGUACGCAUAACGCGCGGGAGAUCCCCGAUCCAUGAGCAGGGAGGCUUUGAAGGCGAGGAUAUUCAGAUCCACCAGACUCCAGAGGCUCAAAGGGGGAUGCGUACAGCGCCGCCAAAUCCAGAGCCAAACCCCAUUUAAUAGAUUUAGAGAUCCGUCUGAACCGCACCACCAGAAGGUGAGUCCCGGUGAGGCUCCGUCAAUCCCCACAUGAUGCUGAGAAUAGUAAUACAUUGUACAUUUUUAAAGUAGAGAAUAGCUCCUCUAGGAACAUAAGGAUGUCCCUCACAGAGCACUGAAAAGGAACAAGUCCUUUAUGAGAGAGAGAGAGAGCCAGACAGACAGACAGAGAGAGACCGAGAGAGAGAUCCCUCACAGAGAACUGAAAAGGAACAAGUCCUUUAUCUUGGCACCAGAGCUCAAGCGCUUGCCACUUCUAUGCAUACAGCCCUCUCAUGGACGGUGGAGCCCUUACAGACUGAAUGUUAAAUCAAAUCCAAAUCAAAUUUAUUCAUAAAGCCCUUCUUACAUCAGCAGAUAUCUCAAAGUGCUGUACAGAAACCCAGCCUAAAACCCCAAACAGCAAGCAAUGCAAGUGUAGAAGCACGGUGGCUAGGAAAAACUCCCUAGAAAAGCCAGAACCUAGGAAGAAACCUAAAGAUGAACCAGGCUAUGUGGGGUGGCCAGUCCUCUUCUGGCUGUGCCGGGUGGAGAUUAUAACAGAACAUGGCCAAGAUGUUCAAAUGUUCAUAGAUGACCAGCAGGGUCAAAUAAUAAUAAUCACAGUGGAUGUCGAGGGUGCGGCAAGUCAGCACCUCGGGAGUAAAUGUCAGUUGGCUUUUCAUAGCCGAUCAUUGAGAGUAUCUCUAACGCUCCUGCUGUCUCUAGAGAGUUGAAAACAGCAGGUCUGGGACAGGUAGCACGUCUGGUGAACAGGUCAGGUUUCCAUAGCCGCAGGCAGAACAGUUGAAACUGGAGCAGCAGCACGGCCAGGUGGACUGGGGACAGCAAGGAGUCAUCAGGCCAGGUAGUCCUGAGGCAUGGUCCUAGGGCUCAGGUCCUCCGAGAGAGAGAGAAUUAGAGAGAGCAUACUUAAAUUCACACAGGACACCGGAUAAGACAGGAGGGGGGGGGCGCCAACCCAGACAGGAAUAUCACGUCAGUGACUCAACCCAUUCAAGUGACGCACCCCUCCUAGGGACGGCAUGGAAGAGCACCAGUAAGCCAGUGACUCAGCCCCUGUAAUAGGGUUAGAGACAGAGAAUCCCAGUGGAGAGAGGGGAACCGGCCAGGCAUUGCUCCAGUGCCUUUCCAUUCACCUUUCCACUCCUGGGCCAGACUACACUCAAUCAUAUGACCCACUGAAGAGAUGAGUCUUCAGUAAAGACUUAAAGGUUGAGACCGAGUCUGCGUCUCUCACAUGGGUAGGCAGACCAUUCCAUAAAAAUGGAACUCUAUAGGAGAAAGCCCUGCCUCCAGCUGUUUGCUUAGUAAUUCUAGGGACAGUUAGGAGGCCUGCGUCUUGUGACCAUAGCGUACGUAGCGUACGUGUAGGUAUGUACGGCAGGACCAAAGAGCAAGCACUUGUAAUGCUUUGUAGGUUAGCAGCAAAACCUUGAAAUCAGCCCUUGCCUUAACAGGAAGCCAGUGUAGGGAGGCUAGCACUGGAGUAAUAUGAUACAUUUUUGUGGUUCUAGUCAAGAUUCUAGCAGCCGUGUUUAGCACUAACUGAAGUUUAUUUAAUGCUUUAUCCUGGUAGCUGGAAAGUAGAGUGUUGCAGUAGUCUAACCUAGAAGUGACAAAAGCAUGGAUAUAUUUUUUUGCAUCAUUUUGGACAAAGUUUUUUGCAAUGUUACGUAGAUGGAAAAAACUGUCCUUGAAACAGUCUUGAUAUGUUCGUCAAAAGAGAGAUCAGGGUCCAGAGUAACGCCGAGGUCCUUCACAGUUUUAUUUGAGACGACUGUACAACCAUCAAUAUUAAUUGUCAGAUUCAACAGAAGAUCUCUUUGUUCCUUAGGACCUAGAACAAGCAUCUCUGUUUUGUCCGAGUUUAAAAAUAGAACAUUUGGCAGCCAUCCACUUCCUUAUGUCUGAAACACAGGCUUCUAGCGAGGGCAAUUUUGGGGCUUCACCAUGUUUCAUCGAAAUGUACAGCUGUGUGUCAUCCACAUAGCAGUGACAAGUUAACAUUAUGUUUCCGAAUGACAUCACCAAGAGGUAAAAUAUAUAGAGAAAACAAUAGUGGUCCUAAAACGGAACCUUGAGGAACACCGAAAUUUACAGUUGAUUUGUCAAACCAUCCACAGAGAAAGUUGCCAUCGGUAACACUAAACUUCCUCAAGAAUUCUACAUGGGCACACUGACUGGUUGGAGGGAGGGCCACCUGAGCAUGCACUAAGCCGAGACAAGCUACUCAGAAAUUAUCUUUCAGAGAAAUACUAUAACCGUGUGACUGGAGGACAGUUUAGUUGGCGCAAUGUAACGUCUCGCUUUCUAAUUGUUUGUUUUAGUAGCCUGAAUCGGUCGGGUUCACAUCGAGGUGAAAGCGGAAUAAUUCAAGGUAUGAAUCCGAGCCUAGCGCGUGUCCCCUGUGGAAAGUCGGAGCUUCCAGGGAAGCGCGGAUUUCGUCAGCCCUGUCAGGCGCGAUCGUAGAUCCUUCAACCGAAGUCGCGAGAGUGCGACUCCCCAUAGUAUGUUGAACCGAAGUUGACUGACACAAAGGGAACCUUGUCUGAGAGACAGCUUUUGUACAAUAGGAUAUUAUCUGAAUCCUUCCACAGAUCAAGGUUUGAGGACAGCCUAGUCAAGUCUUGCAAAGUUUACUAAUAGGUGUGUGUUUUCAUUUUUAUCCUAGGAACACAGAUGCGUUUUUAUUUUUUUGGCGUAAUUUUACUUUCUUCGUUCGUGUAUAUAAUUUUGACUUCCUGUUUUGAAAAACCGAAACCAGGCUGACUAGCUUUUUAGUCUUACAACUAUUUGGUUUGUUCUCUGAUGACAUAGAAGCCUCACUGAGGCUAAGGGAAUUGUGUUUUUUAAGUUAACAAAAUCCUGUUUUACUUGAAUUGUCAUAUUAUUAAUUUGUAAUCAUUUUUUCGUCUUGUUUUUUGUUGUUGUUGUUGGUCAACCAUGUUCCUUUACGGCUCUUCAUUCCACCGGUUCUGAUUACUACAUUAUCUUUUGUGAAUAAUAACUCUUCGUGCACAUUUUUUUUCACAGUCUUUUUCUGUUAAGAAAUUAAUUUCUUGCAGUUCUCCGUUUGUUCACCACCGAUAAUGCACUAUCAAUAGCCUUGAUUUUAUUUAUUCAUCUAGUGAAUUGGUGUUGAUGAUAUUUGCCACCACAACAGACCCCCCCCCCCCCCCCCCAAUCAAGAUGGCGAAUAUGUGUAAACAUAAACCCUCCAAUAAUUAUAUGAAUAAUUAUAAUGCUUGUGAAACAACCCAUUGUGCUUUUAUUACUCUGUAUGUAAAUAUUAUAAUGUGUAUAUCAUAUCAAAUAAAUUGGUUUCCUACUUGUCAUUUA